ACACCUUUUCGGAUGUAACGUUACCCAGUGAAAAUACAAAGCCAUUAUUCAAGAAUUGACAAGUUUCAACUUAGGGUGAACUUUACAUUGUUACAGUUCGAUAGUUUGAUCUAUGAAACCCUAUAGAAUAACUCUAGGAGCGUUGAUAUUGCAGAUAAGCAAAGGCUAAUCAAAAGUAGCUUUUUACUAAUGGCCGGAUGCUAGCACAGUAUGAACUUGCGAUACGGGGAAAACACGCCUAGGUGCAGUCAUGCGGUUGUCGGGUGGCUGCGAGGGAAAACUGUUGGUGAAGAAUAAGUAAAAAAAUCCGGACUAAUCUUUACAUUUUUGGCGCGGAAACCAAACCCUAUUCCUAAAAAGUCAUAUAAGAGGAUUUCACUAAGAAAUUCUUGUAAAAUACGUAAGGUUUUUAUUCGUUUUUAAAAUCAUGUGUACGUCACGCGUCUAAAAUAAACCAUGCAUGGAAUAACAAAUGAAAUAUGAAACCUUCUGUGAUUGGUUGGAUUUAUUACGACAUUAAUGAUUGGUGCAGACGUUUAGCAUUAAAAACACUUGAAUUUAAAUAUACUCGAAGAAAGUUCUGUUUUUGAACUGUGAGAAACACAGUUUUUUUUAGUGUCGCUUUUUAAGAGCCAUCACGAAACUCAAAGAUGGCAGAAAAUAUGUGUCGUUAUUCGCUGUUUUGGAGCAAUCGAGGUUAAAAUCAGUAUGGAAGACGCACUGUUCUCACUGUUCGGAUACAAAAGAACAUACUGCAUGGCCUAACUUUCCAUUCAUUCCUCGAAGGAUUUUGCAGGAAGAUCUGGUGGCUUACCGGUUUCCUUUUGGUAGAGAGCUAGUCGAUGAGCAACUAGACGACUAGGAUAUUAUAAACCACUGUCAUUUAUUGUCUAUAACACUGGUACAGUUAAUUGUAGUCGAACUUGAAUCAAAGUCCCGCGUCAUUGUAAGCUUACUUUAUAUUUCACUCAAGGUAAAGACUAUUUUUCCAAAUAAACUACGAAAGAGUUUAGUCUUUCUGUGGGUUUUCCUUGAAGAUGGCGUCUCUCAAAGUUGCUGUACGGGCUCGUCCUUUGAAUAAAAGAGAGAUUGAUUUGAAUUCAAAAUGCAUUCUGCAAAUGGAAGGAGAGAGGACCACCAUCACCAAUAGUAAAUUAUAUGGUGAAGUGGGCUCAGAAGGAGACAAAGGCAGAGAAGUUAAAAAGGAAUUUGUAUAUGAUUAUUCUUACUGGUCUGUUGAUCCAAACGAUCCUCAUUUUAUCACACAAGAGCAGAUUUUUGAUGAUCUUGGAUCAGGAGUUCUGUCGUCAGCAUUUGAAGGCUACAAUGCUUGCCUGUUUGCAUAUGGACAGACAAGUGCUGGAAAGACUUAUACCAUGAUGGGAACUAAUGAUGAAAUUGGGCUCAUUCCUAGAAUAUGCAAGGGACUUUUCAAGUACAUCGCAGAGAACUCCAACGACAGAAUGUCAUUCAGAACAGAAGUGAGUUAUAUGGAAAUCUAUAACGAGCAUGUGAGAGACCUACUCCGACCACACAACCUCAGAAAACUGCCUCAGCAAAACUUGAAAGUUCGCGAGCAUCCAAAGGAAGGACCUUACGUAGAAGGUUUGACCAAGCAACACGUCUCAGAUAACGAUUCUAUUGAAGUCCUCAUCGAACAAGGCAACAGACUGAGAUCAACAGCGGCUACUAAAAUGAACGAAGGCAGCAGCCGAUCACACGCUAUUUUUACCAUAAAGUUCACACAGGCGAAGUUUCUAGCAGAUCUUCCCUCAGAGACGAUCAGUAAGAUCCACUUGGUAGACCUUGCAGGAAGUGAGAGAGCAAGCGCCAGUGGAGCAACAGGUGAUCGAUUAAAAGAAGGCAGCAACAUCAACAGAUCAUUAGUUACUCUAGGAAUAGUCAUUUCAACUCUAGCUGAAAAUUCCAUGAACGAGAUUGAGGGAACCAAGCGUUUAGCGUUUAGGAAGAAGCUUUUUGUGCCAUAUCGUGAUUCAGUGUUAACAUUCCUUCUUAAGGACAGCCUCGGUGGGAAUUCGAAGACUAUUAUGAUAGCAGCCGUUUCACCAGCCGAAUGUAAUUAUGGCGAGACAUUGAGUACACUGAGAUACGCGCAGAGAGCCAAGAAUAUUAUCAACAAACCAACAGUUAACGAGGAUCCAAACGUCAAGCUGAUUAGAGAACUGAGAGCUGAGAUUGAAAGAUUAAAGAACAAACUAAGGAGUCCAAAUGAAAAGUCGUUAUACGAAAAUGAAGCUACAAAUACAACGAAAAAAAUCCACGAUAAGGAAGCCAAGGUUGAAAAGUUAACCAAAGACUGGACAGAAAAAUGGAAGGAGGCAAAGAUGAUUAUGCAAGAAAGCGAGCUGGCCCUAAGGCGUCAAGGGUCGUGUGUACUAAUCGAUUUAGAGCUGCCUCACCUCGUACGACUAGAAGAAGAUCCUCUAAAGACUGAAAUAAAACUCUACAGACUCGGACACGGGAAGACGCGUGUUGGACUUGAGGACGCUCCUGUAGCUCAAGACAUAGUUGUGGAUGGCGAGGAUAUCGAAAAACAACAUUGUAUUAUCGAGUACACUAAAGGAAGAGUGACUUUAGACCCACUGGCGUCAGUUUGUUGGGUCAAUGGAGUUUCCGUCGUACAACCAACAAAACUCAAUCAAGGAGAUGUCAUCGUGUUUGGAAAAAACAAUGUCUUUAAGUUUAACUUUCCAACUGAGGCAGCCAAACUACGAGAACAAAGAAGAUCGGGAUUGUUCAGCGCUGAAUCCUCAGAGUCUUUGUCAGGCUACUACAUGUCACCUAUACGUGGUAGUCAUGGCGAUCUCAGCACCAGAUCAGACAUUUCUUCUCCACUUACUUUGGACUCGGGGGUUGACUUCGACAUGAGUGAGGGCGUGGAAGAAUUAAAGACUCACAUUAGUGACCUAAUACAAAGACACAAGGAAGCAGAGGUUCGGCGCCUUGAAGUAGAACGCAACUACAAAGAAGAAAUCGACCUUAAACAAACCGAAAUCGAGUCCCAAAAAGAACAGAUUCAGCAAAUCCGAACAGCUCACGAACUGAACUCGAAGAAAAUCCGAGACGAGUUGACCAACUUGCAGAGUGUUGUCGAAGUCAAUGGCGAAGAAGACAAAUCGCUUAUCUCCGAUGAAAUGGAUAAAAUAUUCCAACUGAGGAAUGAGUACAAGUUAGAUUAUAAUGGAGCCAAAGAAAACCAAGAGAAUAUGAAGGAAGAGCUGCAUGUCUUUAUGGACAACAAAUGGCAGAAAAUUGAAGAGUAUGAGGUGAAGCUUGCAGAGAUUGAGCUGCUUCGGCGAAAUGCCCUGGAUCAGGCGGAGCUUGACGUUCAACGACAGAAAGAGCUCUUGGAGUGGGAGAAAGACCAAGAAUUGAGGGAUAUCGAAGAACAGCAAGAAAACUUGCUCGAGUUGCAAGAAGAGCUGAAGACGUCGUUGGAAAAAGCGGAGAAGGAGUAUAGCAAGGUGAUUCCUUCGCUUGAAAAGACGAUAAGAAAAGAUAAAGAAGAGCUGGAACAUAUUAAUAAAAAGAUACGAAAUCUCGGAGGAUACCAAGUAAAGCUGAUGCGAAAAAACAUCGAAGUUGCAAAUGAAGAGAAGGAUUUGUCAAAAAGCAGCGAGAAUGACAACAAGAACACAGAAGAAAAUAAGUCUGGGCAGAAUUCGAAAAGAUCUAGUGUUGACAGUAGCGUACAAAAUUGCGAGCUCUCUGGUAGUAUGGAUAGCUUGAAAGUCGGGAAAGGCCAGUUUUUGGAGUUAGAAAAUCCCGGACAAAGGCGAAUGAGUGAACUUGAUAUCGAAGUCGAGAGACUUGUACUUCUUAGAAACGAAAAGUCAAAGUCUAUCACUGAAAAUGAACUCUCCAUGAUGGAGAAAAUGAACAGUUUGGAAGUUUAUAGAACCAAGAUUCAGGAAAACGAGGAGAAGUUGUGCGAACUCGAGUGUGGAUUCAAUGUUCGCCAGGAAAAGCAUGAGGAAAAAAUGGAGAUUUGUCUGGAAACUUUACGACAAGAUAAAGUAGGGAAGAUGUCUGAUUUCGACGGUGAACGUGAAAAGUAUGUCAAUUUGUUGUGGAAGGAGUUUGAAGAAAUUGAUAAAACUCUCCAAGAAUCGUGUAAAGAUCCAAACCUUCCCGAAAACGAACAAAAGAAACUUUGGGGAAAAGCUGUGGACCGUCAGAAAAAGGUAGUUCUAGAUCUGGUGAAGGAAAAAAUUGGGCAUAUUGGAUCUUUAGAUGAUGAACUAUUUCUUGAGUGUCUUGCUAAGAGGUCGAAGCUCGAGCGAGACGAGGACAGAGUCCUAGACCAAGAACGUAAGAUCUCGGACGAUAUUCGUGGUUCGAUGAGAGAAAAGGAGCUUGCAAUUCAGAAACUCACUGCUCAAAAGGAUAAGUUUCAUGUCGAGAGAGAAAGAGAAAGAAAAUUGAUCAAGUCUCGUCUAAAGCGGAUUUUGCGACUGAAGUCGUAUGACGACCUUCAAAGCGAAGAAACGGUGGAAUAUUUGACUGAAGAAGCGACGAAACUGAAAGAAGCAUGUGAGAAACUCGAAGAAGCUGAAAGCAGACUUUUGUGCGAAACUAGAGAAAAAGAAGUCCUUCUUCUACGACUGGACGAAGCUCGCACCAGACUCCUCACUAGCGAAGAAGACCGCGACGAAAUGGAAGCAAAUCUGAAAGACUUGUUGAAAGAGAAAGAAAAGAAGGAUAAUCAGAUUGCAGAAUUGAAGAAAAUAUCAGAAGAUGAAAAGAAAAAAUAUAUUGAAAACCUUAAGAGUGAAGAUUACGCGAUAAUUGAAAGGCCUUUGGUCAACCGUCUUCACAUCAGAUACCGUGUCAUUGGUAACCACGCCGCUGCGGAGCUUCUAAAGGAGGCGUUACUCGCAUCUACAGUCCCAGAGAUCAUUCGCAUGUUUCCCACCAAAGGACCAGUGUAUGCAAAGGACUCGAAUCACGGGGGUUGGACGUUCCAGAAUGUCCAGAAAGAUGUUGCUAUCUUAAGGAAGAGAGAAGAACUUCCCAAUGGAUUUAUUUACUGUUUCAUGGGAAGAGGGAUCAUCGAAGCGGCUCCAUUAACCGUCUGGGAAGCUGUUCGCAACCCUCUCUCCCGAUAUAUCUACGAUAACAUGCUCAAGAAAAUCAACAUUGUGGAGCAUGUUGAAGAAGGCUUGAAAGUCGUUUACAUGCUUCACGAGACGUCUCAGUGCUUCAUGACCCACUCACGUGACUUCUGUUACGUCACUAAGGAGCGAGUUGAGGGUCAAAAAUAUAUCCUGGCGUCACAGUCUAUCGAUCAUCCUAAAUCUCCACCAGUACCCGGAAUAAUCAGAGCACAGAUAAUGUCGAGUGGUUGGAUAGUUGAACCGCUAGAAAUCAAUGGACAGGAAGGAUCACUUGUUUGGUAUAUUACAAAAGUUCACCUAGGCAACACGACACUUCCAUGGCGUCUUAUCGAUCUUCUAUCCAAAAGACAACCUCUGAGUAUCGCAUAUCUAAGGAGCUACUUAGCACCUCAGUGACUGGUUAACUUGCCUCACUUAAAAGAUAAUUCUUGAUGGUGUCGGGCCGGUGAUGCUGAAAAUUGCCAGCGCAGUUUUCAGCACGAAAACCACUGGCAAAAAGCUGCCCACAAAAGCUGCUUUUCCAAAUAAACUGACAAUUUGAGAAAGCUUUCCUUUCCGAAAAUUUUCAAUCAUAAAGAGCCAUAUAUGAUAAGAAACGAAAACACUUAACACUAAUGCGACUUAUUUUCUGGAUAUACUUAUAAUUCUGUGGUUUUUAAAUAUAUUUUCGCUGGACUUUUUUCUCUAGUGUGCCGUAAUAUAGCAUACCUUUCAUUUAGAAGACAUUGUGUAUAGCUUUUUAUGUAAUUUGGUAACCUCUCUACCAAAAGACUGGUAAACAACUCGUACCGCAUAACUACGGGGUGGAAGAAUUCCCCACAAUUCUAUGCGCGGAGGAGUUCACCAAAAGAAGAAAGAAAGGAUAGUAGAUUGGACACAUGUCAUUCCUUUUUUUGAUAUUAGAAGGCAGUUGUAUUUAUUUCACUAAAUUAAGGGUAUCUGGUGUAUUAUUUGAAUUAUUUUAGGUAAGAAUAUUUUGGGCUAAAAAUCAAAGCAAUUUCAUAGAACUACUAGUCAAGACAAGAUACGCAAUUUUCUUUGAAAAGUGGUUAAUUUAGAAAGCAUCAUAAAGUUUCAUAGAAGUAGGGGGUAUUGAGGUAGAUUACAUCAAAGAAGAAGAGACGUUCUGCCAUGUUUAAAAAUGGUUUCACUAUAGAAAUAUAAAGAAAUAGCUAAAUAAUACUAUAACCAUGCCCACUCCACCAUAUUACCCUCACAAUAGCUAGGGUUGGGUAUUUUUCUCAGAACAUAAAAUUUUCCAUCCUAAAUCAAUUUGAUAAAAAUUCAUAGUUAAAUUUUGCUUCCAAGAGCAUUUUAUUUAAUAUCAAGAGUCCAAAUAUUUGUUAAGAAGAUAAUUGAAUAUUUAAAAGAAUGUUGAAUAUUUGAUAACAUCAACAUUUGACAUUUGCUACUUUGAUAUUUCACAAUAAAUUGUGGACAUUAUUAAUGAA